GGCGGGGCCGAGCGGCCGGGGUCAGCCUGGCGUGGACGGGGCGUGGGAGGCCAUGGCCUCGGCGGAGUUGCAGGGGAAGUAUCAGAAGCUGGCUCAGGAGUACUCGAAGCUUCGGGCUCAGAAUCAAGUCCUAAAGAAAGGUGUUGUGGAUGAGCAAGCAAAUUCUGCUGCUUUAAAGGAACAGCUGAAAAUGAAGGAUCAGUCACUGAGGAAACUGCAACAGGAAAUGGACAGUUUGACAUUUCGAAAUCUGCAGCUUGCCAAGAGGGUAGAACUGCUUCAGGAUGAGCUUGCGCUAAGUGAACCUCGAGGCAAGAAAAACAAGAAAAGUGGAGAAUGUUCUUCUCAGCUGAGCCAAGAGCAGAAGAGCGUCUUUGAUGAAGACCUGCAAAAGAAGAUAGAGGAGAAUGAACGGUUGCAUAUACAGUUCUUUGAAGCGGACGAGCACCAUAAACAUGUGGAAGCAGAGCUGAGGAGCCGGCUGUCCACGCUGGAGACUGAAGCAUCCCAGCACCACGCCGUGCUGGACGGUCUGACCCGCAAGUACAUGGAGACCAUCGAGAGGCUGCAGAACGACAAGGCUAAGCUGGAGGUGAAAUCGCAGACUCUGGAGAGGGAGGCCAGGGAGUGUCGACUCCGCACAGAAGAAUGUCAGUUACAGUUAAAGAAUCUCCAUGAAGACCUGUCAGGUAGAUUAGAGGAAUCCUUAUCAAUCAUCAACGAAAAAGUACCUUUUAAUGAUACAAAGUAUGAUAAAUAUAACGCUCUCAACGUUCCCCCGCACAAUAGGAGACAUCAGCUGAAGAUGCGAGACGUUGCUGGGCAGGCCCUGGCUUUUGUUCAGGACCUCGUGACGGCCCUUCUGAACUUCCACACUUACACGGAGCAGAGGGUUCAGAUCUUUCCUGUCGACUCGGCCAUAGACACAAUAUCGCCGCUGAACCAGAAGUUCUCCCAACACCUUCACGAAAACGCAUCCUAUGUCCGCCCCCUUGAGGAAGGAAUGCUUCAUUUAUUUGGCGGCAUCACUGAGGAUACUGUGACCGUCCUGGAGACAACUGUGAAAUUGAAAACGUUUUCAGAUCAUCUAACUUCCUACAUAUGUUUCCUUAGGAAGAUUCUUCCGUAUCAGUUAAAAAGCCUAGAGGAAGAAUGCGAGUCUUCCCUGUGCACGGCGGCGUUAAGAGCCAGGAACAUGGAGCUCUCCCAGGACCUGAGGAGGCUGACGGCUGUGUUUGAGAAGCUGCAGACCUACGUCGCCCUUCUCGCUUUGCCAAGUACCGAGCCAGAUGGCCUCCUGCAGACAAACUACAGCUCCGUCCUGACAAGUGUCGGCGCCGCCCUGCGCGGGUUUCACGACGUCAUGAAAGAUAUUUCCAAACAUUAUAGCCAGAAAGCUACAAUUGAGCAUGAACUUCCUACAGCCACCCAGAAGCUGGUGACCACGAAUGACUGCAUCCUGUCCUCAGUAGUGGCUCUAACUAACGGAGCAGGAAAGAUCGCAUCUUUCUUCAGCAACCACGUGGACUACUUCAUGGCCUCGCUGAGCUACGGCCCCAGGGCAGCGGGCGGCUUCGUGAGCCCGCCGUCGGCCGAGUGCAUGCUGCGGUACAAGAGGAAGGCAGCCGCCUACAUGCAGGCGCUCCGCAAGCCCCUUGUUGAGUCUGUGCCUUACGAAGAAGCGCUGGCGAACCGCCGGGUCCUCCUCAGCGCCACGGAAAGUCGGGAAGGCCUUACGCAGCAGGUUCAGCAGAGUUUGGAAAAGAUCUCUAAGCUGGAGCAGGAAAAAGAACACUGGAUGCUGGAAGCCCAACUGGCCAGAAUCAAGCUGGAGAAAGAAAACCAGAGGCUGGCCGAGAGGCUGAAAGGGACAGGCAGCGGACAGUCUGCUGGGCCGGCCCAGGAAAACGCUGUGGUGCCCGCCACUCCCGUCCAAGAAGAAGGGGCAGCGAAGGCCCUGUCAGAGCCACUUCCGGGCACCAGUCCUAUUGGGAUUUUAACCAGGACAUCUGACAGUGAGGCUCCAGAUGUGGAAUCUCGUGAAGACUUAAUUAAAAGCCACUACAUGGCAAGGAUCGUGGAGCUCACGUCUCAGCUGCAGCUGGCUGACAGUAAGUCGGUGCAUUUCUAUGCCGAGUGCCGAGCGCUCUCUAAACGACUGGCCCUGGCUGAGAAGUCGAAGGAGACGCUGACCGAGGAAGUGAAAGCGGCCAGUCAAAACGUCAGCAGACUGCAGGACGAGCUGGCCACCACCAAGAGGAGUUACGAGGACCAGCUGAGUAUGAUGAGCGACCACCUGUGCAGCAUGAACGAGACGCUGUCCAAGCAGAGAGAGGAGAUUGACACGCUCAAGAUGUCCAGCAAGGGAAAUUCUAAGAAAAACAAGAAUCGAUAGUUGACACAUAGCCGGUUGGUGACUGACUGUUCCUGCCAGGGCUGCUGCCACCGCCCAGGGCCGCAGGGCUGGUGCCCCACCGCCAGGGCCUGCGGCCGGCCGUCGGGAAGCCGAGGCGGUGUUGGAGACGGGUCUAGCGUUGCAAAUGACCUGACGACAUUCGAAGUAUCUCUUUGUAAACAGUAAGGCGAACACAGAACUUUGAUGUUGGCAGUAAAUGGAAAACAGUAGACAUACCGUGGGUAUCGUAGGUUUCCUUAUGCUGUUUUUACUGUGCACUUUUUAAAAAUUAGGUUUUAAUUUCAGUAUGUAAGAACAAAUAUUUUGUAUAUUUUCCAACUCAAUUAUAUGGUAAUCGAUUUGGUAUCAAUGGAAUAGAUAUAUGUUUCUGGAUAAAAUGCUUAAAUUGUCAAACUGUCAUUACUUCCUGUAACUGUCAUUUCUUCCCUGUAAUUGGAAGCAGUGUCCAGAUUUUUUUUAAACAAGAUUCUCCUUCCUUCCCUGCCCCUCUGGAGGGAGCGAGCCUGGCAGACCUUAGCUCGUGUGAGUUUGCUGUCGUGUCUUAAGCUCUACAGUGCCCCUUCUGCGUUAGAAUAAUAGCUGAAGGAAAUUCAUGUCAAUAAAUUCAUACCUACGUCAA